AUGGACGGCAGCACAACUGGAAAGGGGAGCUCCGGCGAUAAGACCGUCACCUGGCCACCACCCUUUCAAGCCAUGGCUAGAACGCAUGCGGCGUUGAACCUGGUCUUCACAUUUUGCUGCACGCGCAAGCAUCUUGCGACGACGUUUGACACCAUCAAGCCGGCUGUAGAGUCACAUAUUGGCAGAGAGUUGACGAUAGAGGAAGUUGCUCGGGUCGUGGCCUUGCGACCGGAAGGCAUCAGAUUCGAUUAUGUGGAUGAGCGCAUGUUGCAACUUGACAUUAAGGGUUCGGAGAGGGAUGAUUUCUUCAAAUCGUCCAAGUCAUCGAGAUCUCAAGGCCCGGCUUUCGAUGCCUCGGUCGGCGGAUGGACGGGCAACGAGACCCUCGACCAAGUCGAUGGCUGCGCUGCAGAGGAAAAUAAACACGUGCUCUUGUUCGAGUUCACCGAUGGUGAUCUGAAGAAUGAGGCUCAAAAGAAUAAGAAGUCCCGGAAGCCGACACGACCUAGUCGCUCCGCGAAAGAGGAAAGCCUCAAGAUGCCUGUCUACAGCCACAAGCAGCUGGCACAGUUGAUCGAAAGGCGCAACCAAAAAUUCUCCGGCGCCGUCAACGCCUUCAUCGAAUCAUGCGUCGACCAGCAACUGGACCCCGACCUGGCCCUCCAACAGCGAGCUGAAACCUUUGUGCCGAGACCGCCGUCAACCGAUGAUGCCGACGUGGAGCCGCACUCGAGUUCCAUCCCCGAUGACAUCCCCAAGGAUCGGAAGCCCAUGCACGAAAUAUUGCUGGACCUGAAAGCGAGCGCCUGGUACACCGGGCAGGUGGUACCGGAUGGGCACCGAGUCUUUGAUCCGCAGCCGGCUGUCCACGGCGACCUCGACUUCCUUCUCAGUCAAAACCUAGUGAACGGGCUGUAUAACGCGAAAGGGAUAACAAAAUUCUACGCCCACCAGGCAGUGGCCCUCAACAGCCUCUACCAAGGGCAGAAUGUUGUGGUUGCUACGUCGACCUGCUCUGGCAAGUCGCUCAUCUAUCAAAUCCCCGUGCUGCAUACGCUGGAAACAGACCGCAGCUCACGGGCAAUGUACAUUUUCCCAACAAAGGCACUGGCCCAGGAUCAGAAGCGCAGUCUCAAGGAGCUGCUUGCUUAUAUGCCUGGGAUGGAGGAAACCGUCGUCGAGACCUUCGACGGUGAUACACCGAUGGGCGACCGGAAUAUGAUACGCGAAGAGGCGAGCAUCAUUUUCACCAACCCUGACAUGCUUCAUCUGUCCAUCCUGCCCCAAGAGGAUCGGUGGAGGUCGUUCCUCAAGAACCUCAACUAUGUCGUAGUGGAUGAACUGCACUACUACAACGGACAGCUUGGCUCACACAUGGCCUUCGUCAUGCGAAGACUGAGACGCAUCUGCGCUGCCGUAGGUAACAGGCGUGUCAGAUUCGUAUCCUGCUCUGCGACCGUCGCCAAGCCCGAGGAACACUUUCGAACGAUUUUUGGGAUGGGCGCAGGCAAGGUACGUCUGGUUGACUUUGACGGUUCUCCCUCGGGCAGGAAAGAGUUCGUGUGCUGGAACACUCCGUUCAAGGAUGCCGGCGACCCUUCCAGCGGCCGCGGGAGUGCCAAGUUGGAAUGCGCCCGGCUUUUCUGUGCCCUCAUGCUGCGCGGAGUCCGAAUCAUUGCCUUUUGUCGCGUUCGCGCCCAGUGUGAGGCCCUGGUGAAGGCUAUAAAGCAGGAGCUGGAGUCGCUCGGUCGUCCCGAGUGUGUCAAGCUGGUGAUGGGGUACCGCGGAGGCUACACGGCAGCGGAUCGUCGCAUGAUCGAAUCAGACAUGUUUGAAGGAAGGCUCCUGGGCGUCGUCGCAACCUCGGCCUUGGAGCUUGGCGUCGACAUAGGCACCUUAGACUGCGUCAUGACGUGGGGAUUUCCCUACACCAUCGCGAAUCUUCGCCAGCAAAGUGGACGAGCCGGCCGACGCAACAAAGACUCCCUUUCCAUCCUCGUUGGAGACAGUUACCCUACGGAUCAGCAUUAUAUGCAAAACCCGGACGAGUUGUUCUCCAAACCGAACUGUGAACUCCUCGUUGACCUUGACAACAUGCUGGUCAGGGAGGGCCAUAUUCAAUGUGCCGCCCACGAAAUGCCCAUCCACCCGGAGAGAGAUGUCGAGUAUUUUGGGUCGGACUUGCCGAGAAUAUGCGAGGAGAGGCUGCUGGGGGACCAGACAGGCUUCUUCCACUGCCACGACCGCUUUCGACCAAACCCUUCGAGAUUUGUCGCAAUUCGGGACACGGAAGAAGUUCACGUUGCCAUCAUCGACAUCACUCACGGCAGAAAUGUUGUGCUGGAGGAGCUGGAGGCAUCACGAGCGUCAUUUACCAUAUAUGACGGCGCCAUCUUCCUGCAUCAAGGAAACACCUACCUGGUCCGAGAUUUCCUGCCUGAGAGUCUGAUGGCCAAGGUCGAACGAGUCAACGUGGACUGGAGCACGACGCAGCGAGACUUUACCGAUGUGGAUGCCACCGAAACCGAGGCCAUCCGGAGGAUAGCAUCGUCGCCAUCGCGGGCCUACUACGGUAGAGUCAAGAUCCAGCAGAACGUCUUUGGGUAUUUCAAGAUCGACAAGAUGGGGCGGGUGCUCGAUGCGGUUCACGUGGACAAUCCACCGGUGAUUCGGUAUACCAAGGGCAUGUGGCUGGACGUGCCCAAGAAGGCACUUUCCAUCAUAGAGAGUCGACAGCUGAACUCGGCGGCGGCCAUCCACGCGGCAGAGCACGCCGUGAUGAGCCUGCUUCCGACGUUUGCCAUCAGCCUCACCCAAGAUAUUCGGACCGAGUGCAAGCUGGCGGUCAAGGAGUUUGCCACGAAGGUGACGCAACGGAAACGGCCGGCGAGACUGACCUUCUACGACGCGAAAGGGGGGGGGAAUGGAUCGGGAAUCAGUACGAAGGCCUUUGACCACGUCGACCACCUGCUGCAGAUGGCGCUCCAGCGAGUGGAGGGAUGCCAGUGCCAGCGAGGUUGCGUCGAGUGCGUCACAUCCGAUCUGUGCCAUGGGUCCAACGAAGUCGUGAGCAAGGCCGGCUGCCGUGUCAUUCUUCGGACCUUGCUGAACCUCGAUAUCGAUAUCGAUGAGUUGCCGUUCGGGUCUGAAGAUGAGGUCCCGGCCGGAAUUGAGACGGUUGUGGUGGCACUGCCCGUGCCGACGCGAUCCACCCAGAAUGGAGAGCAGGCAAAUACACUGGGGCAGGUGUGCCUCCCACAUAGCGGUCCGGGGGUGAGGGACGACGCCUGA